UCUGCACAGGUCUAUUGUUUACAUUUUUUGUGUAGCAAGAAAAUCGAGAAAAUCCCAUCGUUUUUGUUGCGCAUUCAAAAAUAUAUUCGCAUAUUUUCUCGACCAUGAGUCGACCGACGAUAUCCUGCGUGAAGUGGGUGGAUUUCAGCGAUCACAUGGUAAGCAUCUUCCUAGAUGUCUAUUCCAAUGAACUCUACUCGGACGUGACGCUGCUCCCAUCGGAUGGCGGACAGCUGAUGGCCAGCCGAAUGGUGCUGUCCAUGGCUUCCAAAUUUUUUGAGGACAUUUUCCGAACGGCUCUCAGCAUGGCACCGAUCAACAAUCAUACUGAAGGUCGAACGAUGGAUAUGGUGGUCAUGAUUCCCGAUGUGAGUUUCGCCAUCCUGAAGCACGUACUGCACUUCAUCUACACCGGAAAGGUUCACAUGAAUGCCCGGGAAAUGGCGGAUUUUUUCGAAGCUUGUCAGCUGUUCCAGCUGAAGGGACUCGAGUACGCGAAUGGGAAUAUCAACGGGGUGAAGAUCGCCGGAUCGAACAUAAUCACUCCGGAUCAUUACGAAUAUGAGGAAUUGCACGAUUCAUCGUUAGUAGAUGUUACGAUUGCGGAAGAGGAUGCCGUGGAAACAACAGGUGCUGAAGUGGAUCAGAUGGUUAGUUCGCAGAUUGACUGUGAAACGGUAUUUCAGGAUGAGGAACCGCAAGAAGUAGAAAAGAGCGAACAAGAGACGGAAACGAUAAAUCAGUAUUACGAGAUGGAUGUAAGCAUAGUGGAUUUUGCAUCAACCACCACUCAGGAAAACAACGAUGAAACGCUGAUGGUAACGAAAGAAGACUUGGAGAUGGCUGCAGCUCAAUCGAAUAACUCCGAUGUGGAAACGAGUGGCGAAUCUUCAGGUUUGUUCAAAAAGCGUUUGAAAAACGUUGAAUAUGGAGAUAAGCUGGACGAGGCUAUUCAUACGAUCAUCCAGGGCGGAGCCAGUUUCCGAACAGCAUCAAUUCAGUAUGGUAUUCCCAAAACAGUGCUCUGGAGAAAAGCUGUUAAAGAGCCUAACUAUAAGGCGGAUCGAUUCGAGCUGCCAUCGCCGCGGAAGGAAGCCAUCGAAGCGCUGAAGGCGGGUGAAAAAUUGUUAAACAUCAGCAAACGGUUUGACAUACCACUUUCGACGUUACAUCGGGACAAAAUAAAGCUGUACAGUGAAGGUGCCCUGCCGGAGAAUGUGAUACUGAAACAGCGGGACAAAGGUUCGGAUUUUAAGGAUCGCGUAUUGGACGCGGCACAGCAGUGCUUAGCGGGCGUGAUGUCCCAAUCGGAAGCAUCGAAGUUCUACGGACUGCCGAAGACAACCAUUUGGAGGAAGAUUAAAGCAUUGCGAGCAAGCGAAAGCAGUCAGCUGCACAGUAGUGGUGGAUCAGAACUGAUUGACGUUAAACCCGAACUGGAGGAAGUUUUGGAAAGCCACGACGAUGACACAAUGGAACAGGAAGAACAGCUCGACGCGGAUUAUGUCGUGAUGGUGUAGGACAAUGGGAAUAGAGAUAUAUUUGAUGAA